AUGAAACAAAUUACAUCAAGAAAGGAUAAUUUGAAAUAUGAUGAUGAAAAUGUAAAAUAUAAGUUAAAUACUGUAUAUUUCAAUAGUGUUAAAUCAAAGAAACAAGAUGACGACGACGGCGUUCGAUACAAACUUGCACCAAUAACCCCUAAAUCUAAAGCAAUUGAUAAAAGAAAGUCAAAACCCAAAAUUAAAGUGAACUUUUGGAGUAGUAAAGGUCUAGUGCAAAGUAAAAAUGCAACACAUAAAAAAGAUCCCAAGCAAAGACAUACAAUUUGUACCACAGAUCAGUCAGAUAACCAAAAAGUACCAUCAGUAAAAGUGCGAAAAAGGGUGUCUUUUCUACCAUCACCAGUAUUUACAGAUGAUCAUGUGCCAAUGGUGACUGUACCAGAUGAUCUAACAAUUCAACUUAACUCUGCAAAUGCUAAAGCAAUGGAGGAUGGUUUGAAUCUAAUUUAUGUGAAUGAAACCGAUAUUAAUAAUUUGCAUGAACAAAAUAAAAAGAAAUCAAGGACCUCAACAACUCAAACCAGUCCUCGAACCUCAAAAGGCUGUAACAAUGUUCAAACAAAUUGGGGCAAUGAAAAUGAACUAGAGUUUUUCUCUAAGUAUGUUGUUCAAAAGUUGAGAAGAAUGGAGACAAAUCAACGCAUUUAUGCAGAAAACUUAAUAAACACAGUACUCAUGUUCGGUCAGUUGAGAAAAUUAAAUGGAAAAUCAAAAAUUUCAGAAUCAUAG